AGAUAAUCUUUUUACCGUCAAGUUUCAUAAUAGGUCGAUUCACUCUAAUUGUUAAGCUAACGGCAUAAAACGUGAACUGCUUAGAGUAAAUUUGCUAUGUUACGCGUUUGUAAGACGGAGACAACAAAUGCGGGUGUAGCGUCCUCUUAAACAAGUUUGGACACAAAAUGUGAAGUAGCACCUUCUAAACUACAGGAUAAUAUUCAAAUGCAAGCAAAUAAUAAACAUGAUAUUGGUCUUUUUCUUGGUAAGUCUGUUGACAAUACAUUAAAAUAUGAAAUGCUUAUGUCUCCAUGGAACCCUUGUAGUGCUUAUGAUUUUAAAACAGAUAUUGGUGUUGGUAAAAGACCUUUUUUGUUAGCUUGGCUUAAACAGCAUGAUUGGCUUUGCUACUCAGCCAUUUUUAAAGGAGCUUUUUGUAAAUUUUGUGUUUUGUUUGAACCACCGAUUGACAAAGGUGGAGUGCAAGGCGCAUUCAUAAAAACAGCGUUUAUUAAGUACAAACAUUUCCAAGCUCAGUCAAAAAUACAUUCUAAAUGUUCUUGGCAUAUAUUUUCAGUACAGAGUGCUAAAAAUUUUAUAGCUAUUAUGGAUGGUAAAAAAAUGGAUGUACAUCAAAUGUUAAAUUCUUCAGUGAAAAAUGUAAUUGAAUCAAACAAUCAUAAGCUGCAUUCAAUAAUUUCUUCUGUUAUUUUCCUUGGUGUACAUGGAAUACCACUCAGAGGAAAAACUGAUGACACAGCUAUAUUUAAUAAUUUACUACAUUUUAGGGUUGAAAGUGGAGAUGAAAUUUUGAAUGAUCAUUUUAAAAAAAAUAGUGCUAAAAAUGCAAGUUACAUGUCUCAUAGAAUACAAAAUGAACUUAUAAGUAUAAUAGGUAAUGUAAUAUGUAAUAUGAUUUUAAAACGUGUCAAGGAAGCUGAAUGUUAUUCAGUAUUAGCAGAUGAAACAAUGGAUAUAGAGGGAAUAGAACAACUAUCAAUAUGUUUAAAAUAUGUGACUUAUGAAAACAACCAAACAGUUAUAAAAGAAGACUUUGUUGGGUUUAUUUCAUUGGAAAAAUUGGACUCAGAAAGUAUAUCAAACAAAAUUAUUUCUAGUUUACAAGAAUGGGGUUUGGACCUAAAUAAAUUGGUAGGACAAGGAUAUGAUGGUGCUAGCACAAUGGCUGGACAUGUCAGUGGUGUACAAAAAAGAAUAAGAGACAAGUAUAAGAAAGCAGUUUUUGUCCAUUGUGCUAGUCAUAGAUUAAACUUGGUUUUAAACGAACUGAACUCAGUUCCAUGUGUUCGGAAUACAAUUGGUAUUAUUAAAGAAACUAUAAACUUUUUUAAAGUCUUACGAAAUUGUGUGUUACUAGGUGGUCGGAAUCACAUAAAGCAUUGAGAAAAUAUUAUGAAAAUUUCCUGUUGAUAGU